UAACUUAUCUCCAUUCAGUCGAGUCCUUGACUAACAAUUGAUAUAAAUUUUGUCGAUUCUCUAAAUGUUUCACUUCUCACACGAUUCCUGAGAUUCAAACACUAAAACUUUUUAUUCAUUUAAUUUCUCCCUUUUCACUGCAUUUCGUGAAAAAGAUUUUCAUUGAAUUUUAAAUUUAUAAAAACUAUUCUCUGUUGAAGACAUUGUCCACAACUAUCACCUCUAAGACACAAUGGAAGCGACAUCGUUGGUAUCAAACGCGGCAAUUCUGGGCAAAUACCUGUCCCUCUCGCAGCCCAAAGACAAGACACAAGUGAUGUAUGUGUGGAUCGACGGCACGGAUGAGCACGUGAGGGCUAAGACAAAGACCGUGUCUUUCGUGCCGAAGGCGGCGGACGAGCUGCCCGUCUGGAACUUCGACGGCUCGUCCACCGGACAGGCGGAGGGCAGUAACGCCGACGUCUAUCUGCUACCGGUGCAGCUCUACAACGACCCGUUCCGCGGCGGCAACAAUAAGCUGGUUAUGUGUGAGACCAUCCGAUACAACAAGAAUCCCACGGAAUCCAAUCACAGACACUCAUGCAAAAUGGUGAUGGAUAUGGUGGCCGAUCAGCACCCGUGGUUUGGCAUCGAACAGGAGUACACCCUUUUGGACGGCUUCGACCGGAACAAGCCGUUGGGUUGGCCCGCGGGAGGCUUUCCCGGACCUCAGGGACCCUACUAUUGCGGUGUCGGCGCUAACCGCGUGUUUGGUCGCGAUGUGGUUGAGGCCCACUAUAAGGCCUGUCUGUACGCCGGGGUGAACAUCGCCGGCGAGAACGCAGAAGUAAUGCCAUCCCAAUGGGAAUACCAGGUGGGUCCCUGCGAGGGCGUCACCAUUGGAGACGACAUGUGGAUGUCUCGAUUCUUGUUGCACAGAGUGGCCGAAGACUUCCACAUCGGCGUCACGUUUGACCCGAAGCCGAUCCCCGGCGACUGGAACGGUGCCGGUGCCCACACCAACUUCAGCACUGUUGCUAUGCGCGAGAAGGGAGGGCUGGCAGAGAUCGAGAAGGCCAUCGAGUAUUUGCGCAAAAACCACGAAAAACAUAUCGCCAAAUACGAUCCCCGCGGAGGUCUCGACAACUCCCGUCGCCUCACCGGUCGUCACGAGACCUCUAAUAUCAACACUUUUGCCGCCGGAGUCGCCAACAGAGGCGCCAGCGUUAGGAUUCCCCGACAGGUGGCCGACGACGGCUUCGGCUACUUCGAGGACAGGCGUCCCUCGUCUAACUGCGACCCCUAUGUCGUGUCCGAGGCUAUUGUGCGCACCUGUUGUCUCCAUGAGUAACCGAUUAUCUCCUGUAUGUCUACUAGUCAUCGAUGGAAAUGCACCGACACUUCCAUUCAUUUCGUAGGGAUUAUAGACAUUCUGAUCUAAACCACUAAUUCUAUGAAUUCUUUUAUUUUUCACGGUUUAAUUGAUAAUAAAAACUUAUUUUUCAAUUAUAUUACAAAUAUUUUUUCUCUUUGAAAGUGUUUUUCCAUUAAAUAUAAGAGAAUAUCAAU